UGAAACUCUGGGAAGUUGCGGGCGCGCUGGGAGCUGUAGCGGGCAGUGCGCCCUCGGGGGGACGUGGCCCCGGCCUCCGCCCGCAGCGGGCCCGACCCCUCAUGGCCCUGAGCAAAGGGCUGCGGCUGCUGGGGCGCCUGGGGGCCGCGGGGGACUGCAGCGUGCUGCUGGAGGCGCGCGGCCGCGGCGACUGCCUGCUGUUCGAGGCCGGCACGGUGGCCACGCUGGCUCCAGAAGAAAAGGAAGUCAUUAAAGGACAGUAUGGCAAGCUCACGGACGCGUACGGCUGUCUGGGGGAGCUCAGGCUGAAAUCUGGUGGCACGUCUCUGAGCUUCCUGGUGUUGGUGACAGGCUGCACAUCUGUGGGCAGAAUUCCAGAUGCUGAAAUCUACAAAAUCACCGCCACCGACUUUUACCCUCUUCAGGAAGAGGCCAAGGAGGAGGAACGCCUCAUAGCUCUGAAGAAAAUCCUCAGCUCAGGGGUGUUCUAUUUCUCGUGGCCCAACGAUGGUUCUCACUUUGACUUGACUGUCCGCACGCAGAAGCAGGGGGACGACAGCUCUGAGUGGGGGAACUCCUUCUUCUGGAACCAGCUGUUGCACGUGCCCUUGAGGCAGCACCAGGUGAGCUGCUGUGACUGGCUGCUAAAGACCAUCUGCGGAGUGGUGACCAUUCGCACCGUGUACGCCUCCCACAAGCAGGCCAAGGCCUGCCUCAUCUCUCGUGUUAGCUGCGAACGCACAGGCGCUCGCUUCCACACCCGUGGCAUCAACGACGAUGGCCAUGUGUCCAACUUCGUGGAGACAGAGCAGACGAUUUACAUGGACGAUGGAGUGUCAUCUUUUGUCCAGAUCAGAGGCUCCGUUCCACUGUUCUGGGAGCAGCCAGGGCUUCAGGUUGGCUCCCAUCAUCUGAGACUCCACAGAGGCCUGGAAGCCAACGCCCCUGCUUUCGACAGGCACAUGGUGCUUCUGAAGGAGCAGUACGGGCAGCAGGUGGUCGUGAACCUUCUGGGAAGCAGAGGCGGAGAGGAGGUGCUCAACAGAGCCUUCAAGAAGCUGCUCUGGGCUUCUUGCCACGCAGGCGACACGCCUAUGAUCAAUUUUGACUUCCAUCAGUUUGCCAAAGGCGGGAAGCUAGAGAAAUUGGAGACCCUCUUGAGGCCACAGUUAAAGCUGCACUGGGAGGACUUUGAUGUGUUCACGAAGGGGGAGAACGUCAGUCCACGUUUUCAGAAAGGCACUUUGCGGAUGAACUGUCUUGACUGCCUGGACCGAACCAACACUGUGCAGAGCUUCAUUGCGCUCGAGGUCCUGCAUCUGCAGCUCGAGACCCUGGGGCUGAGUUCAAAACCCAUUGUUGACCGCUUUGUGGAGUCCUUCAAAGCCAUGUGGUCUCUGAACGGCCACAGCCUGAGCAAGGUGUUCACAGGCAGCAGGUCCCUGGAAGGGAAGGCCAAGGUGGGGAAGCUGAAGGAUGGAGCCCGGUCCAUGUCUCGAACCAUCCAGUCCAACUUCUUCGACGGGGUGAAGCAGGAGGCCAUCAAGCUGCUGCUGGUUGGGGACGUCUACGGCGAGGAGAUGGCAGACAAAGGGGGCAUGCUGCUGGACAGCACAGCGCUCCUGGUGACUCCCAGGAUCCUGAAAGCUAUGACUGAGCGUCAGUCUGAAUUCACAAAUUUCAAGCGGAUCCGGAUUGCCAUGGGGACCUGGAACGUGAACGGAGGAAAGCAGUUCCGGAGCAACCUGCUCGGGACGGCGGAGCUGACCGACUGGCUGCUCGACUCGCCCCAGCUCUCGGGCGCUGCCGAAUCCCAGGAUGACAGCAGCCCAGCUGACAUAUUUGCUGUGGGAUUUGAAGAGAUGGUGGAAUUGAGCGCAGGGAAUAUUGUCAAUGCCAGUACUACCAACAAGAAGAUGUGGGGUGAGCAGCUUCAGAAAGCCAUUUCACGCUCUCAUAGAUACAUUCUCUUGACUUCGGCACAGCUGGUGGGCGUCUGUCUUUAUAUCUUUGUACGUCCAUACCAUGUCCCGUUCAUCAGGGACGUGGCCAUCGACACAGUGAAGACGGGCAUGGGGGGCAAGGCGGGGAACAAGGGCGCCGUCGGCAUCCGCUUCCAGUUCCACAGCACCAGCUUCUGCUUCAUAUGUAGCCACCUGACAGCCGGACAGUCCCAGGUGAAGGAGCGGAAUGAAGACUACAAGGAGAUCACCCAGAAACUCUGCUUCCCAAUGGGGAGAAAUGUUUUUUCUCAUGAUUAUGUAUUUUGGUGCGGCGAUUUCAACUACCGCAUUGAUCUUACUUAUGAAGAAGUGUUCUAUUUUGUUAAACGCCAAGACUGGAAGAAACUUCUGGAAUUUGAUCAACUACAACUACAGAAAUCAAGUGGAAAAAAUGUUUUUAACCAAAGGCCCCAAAGCAUCCGAAGCCUGGCUUCAAGGUCGAGGAGUAAGGAGGAUGAGUCUGGGACAUGGGGUGUAGCUGGAGAACUCAACCUUCUGGACAGUGAUUUAGAUGUUGACACCAAAGUCAGACACACGUGGUCUCCUGGUGCCCUCCAGUAUUACGGCCGUGCGGAGCUACAAGCGUCUGAUCACAGACCCGUGCUGGCGAUCGUGGAGGUGGAAGUUCAGGAAGUCGAUGUGGGUGCUCGGGAGAGGGUUUUCCAGGAAGUAUCCUCUUUCCAGGGCCCCCUGGAUGCCACUGUUGUAGUAAACCUUCAGUCACCGACCUUAGAAGAGAAAAACGAGUUUCCUGAGGACCUGCGUGCUGAGCUCAUGCAGACCUUGGGGAAUUAUGGGACAAUUGUUCUUGUCAGGAUCAACCAAGGGCAGAUGCUGGUGACUUUUGCAGACAGUCACUCGGCUCUCAGUGUCCUGGAUGUGGAUGGUAUGAAGGUGAAAGGCAGAGCAGUGAAGAUUAGACCGAAGACGAAGGACUGGCUGAAAGGUUUGCGAGAGGAGAUCAUUCGGAAACGAGACAGCAUGGCGCCCGUGUCUCCCACUGCCAACUCUUGUUUGCUGGAGGAAAACUUUGACUUCACAAGUUUGGACUAUGAAUCAGAAGGGGAUAUUCUUGAAGAUGAUGAAGACUACUUGGUGGAUGAACUCAGUCAGCCUGGAGUCUCGGACAGUGAACUUGGGGGAGACGACCUCUCUGAUGUCCCUGGUCCCACAGCACUGGCUCCUCCCAGCAAGUCACCUGCUCUCGCCAAAAAGAAGCAGCAUCCAACGUACAAAGAUGACGCGGACCUGGUGGAGCUCAAGCAGGAGCUGGAAGCCGUCGGGGAGUUCCGCCACCGUUCUCCGAGCAGGUCUCUGUCGGUCCCCAACCGGCCUCGGCCACCUCACCCCCCGCAGAGACCCCCCCCUCCAACUGGUUUAAUGGUGAAAAAGUCGGCUUCAGAUGCAUCCAUCUCCUCUGGCACCCGUGGGCAGUAUUCAAUUUUGCAGACCGCAAGACUUCUGCCAGGAGCACCUCAGCAACCACCCAAGGCUCGGACUGGAAUAAGUAAACCUUAUAAUGUCAAGCAGAUCAAAACCACCAAUGCCCAGGAGGCAGAAGCAGCAAUCCGGUGUCUCCUGGAAGCCAGAGGAGGCACUUCCGAAGAAGCCCUAAGUGCCAUGGCUCCAAGGGCCCCCGAAGCAUCGUCUGAACCAGAGCCCAUACCGGGGGCAGCCAAACCAGAGACCCCACAGGUGCCCCCGCUCCUGCCCCGUCGACCCCCACCCAGAGUUCCUGCCAUCAAGAAGCCAACCUUGAGAAGGACAGGAAAGCCCCUGUCACCGGAAGAACAGUUUGAGCAGCAGACUGUCCAUUUUACAAUCGGGCCCCCGGAGACAAGCCUUGAGGCCCCUCCUCUCGCGACAGUCCCUCAAGUCCCUCCUGUUCCCAAACCAAGAACAUUUCAGCCUGGGAAAGCUGCAGAGAGACCAAGCCAUGGAAAGCCGGCAUCAGACGAAGCCCCUCCUGUGGCAGGAGCCUCCGUGCCGCCACCUCUGGAGGCACCAUCUCUUGUGCCCAAGGUCCCCCCGAGGAGGAAGAAGUCAGCCCCCGCAGCCUUCCACCUGCAGGUCCUGCAGAGCAACAGCCAGCUCCUCCAGGGCCUCACUUACAACAGCAGCGACAGCCCCUCUGGGCACCCGCCUGCUGUGGGCGCCAUUCUUCCACAAGGGGACUUACUCAGCACUUCAUCUGCUACAAGCCCCGACAGCGAUGGCACCAAAGCGAUGACGCCAGAGGCAGCCCCUCUUCUUGGUGAUUAUCAAGACCCCUUCUGGAACCUUCUUCACCACCCUAAACUGUUGAAUAACACUUGGCUUUCUAAGAGCUCAGACCCUUUGGACUCAGGGACCAGGAGCCCUGAAAGGGAUCCCAUAGACCCAGUGUCAGUUGGCACUUCAGCUGUGAAGGCGGAGCUGCCACCAGAUCAUGAACACAAAACCUUGGGUCACUGGGUGACAAUCAGUGACCAAGACAAGAGGACAGCACUGCAGGUAUUUGACCCACUGGCAAAAACAUGACUGAGCAGCUUUGAAGGCUGCCCUCCUGUAGAAUGCAUACCUUCCUCCCUCUAGGGAGAUACCUAUUUAAAGGCACACUGGCCAAAACAUUUGUGCAUCUGUCACUCUUGUGUCGUUUACAAAAAUCGUGUCUCUUAUUCAGUAAGAUGGUUAGUCAGCCACCAAAAUAUCUUUCACUCAAGACUUGUACAUCUGAAGUUUCCUCUUCAAAGAGUGGGAACCUUCCUGUUAAAUUUGGUGUAUGGAUUUUAAGAAAGGAAUCUAGCAGAUGAGGCCCAAGAAGUUCUCACCCAUUGAGUUUUUAAAUGGUUGUUCAGUUCAUGUUGUACGUGGUGGGGAUUUGUCUUUGGUUUUAUUUGUAUUUUACAGAUUUGGUAUAACAUUUUGGGGAGCCACCUGAUGUAUAAAGUAAGGAUUAGAGAAAGAGGUCAUUGGGACCAUUAAUAGCUGUCCUGGCCCACUUAAACAAGGUUACAAAAAAUCAGAGUCAACCUAAUGACUAGACAGUACAUUCCCAUGAGCCUUCGUGUUUAACUGUGUACAUGUGCAUUAACCUUGAUGAUGGGUGAAUCCCGGGGGAGCUGGGGUCAUACACCGCUUUGCCUUUAAAGCAUAUAUCAUUAGCUUAACCUUAUUUUAAACUAGCUGAAGCCUCCUGUGCCGUGUCUUAGACAUUGCAUCCCCUUUCAAUUAUUAUAAUCCUGAGCUGUGGUGUGCUACUGGAACCAAUUUUUAUCCACCAUCUAAUCCUUAUUAAAUGAAACCUCACAGAUCCUUUUUUCCACUUAUAUUCCAUGCAUACCACAUAAAAGCACACAGUGUAAAAACUCAUGCUGACACGUGAUACUGAUUCUCAUUGUUAGAAUAUGGAGAGUGUUUCAACCGCGUCUGUCCGGCUGGAGCUUCAGGAUGGAAAGUGUUAUGUGUCCCUGCAUAUAAGAAUCCCCAGGCCGGUGUUUCUGGGUUUGCUUGUCUAUAUGUUUAUUAGGUUUAUUUUUUGCCUAUACAUUUUUCCCACGUUUCCAACAGCACUUCUCACCUAUUCAAUAACUGAAAAAGACAUUACCAUAGUGCUUUACAUUUUUAAAGUAAUGUUACAAAGUCUAGAAUCCAUUUGGAUCAGAUACCAUGUUUUUGCUAUUUAAUAAGAAGUUCACUAGUGAAAUCUUACUGUACUGCCUGUCGUAUCUGGGAGCCUGGUACAGAGGCUUGUACAGCCGUGAUCAAGUGUCAUCCCUCACAUGACUGGGGAAUGUCUGUCCUAAACACUGACCGCUAGGAUGGUAAGGAUCAUCUUGCCUGGGCUAUGCCAUGCUCUUGUUACCAAUUAGACAUCUGGAAUUUCAGAAUUAGUUUUCAUUGUCACUAUCAAGAUAUAUUGCAGAUUACUUAAAUCUGGCCAUCAAAACAAAAGUUACAACACGUAUCUCUCUUCAUCUGAAAACUAAUACCUGGAAAAGGAUAACAGAAAAAGGAAUCCAUGACCCACAGAGUUAGACAGAUAAGAUGCAUAGUUAACCAAUCAUAAAAGGCGGUGUUUAAGUGAUCAGGAUUCCUUUAGUGGCAGUUACGUGCUUUAUAUGGCUUUUACCUCCAUAAUAAACACAAGAAAUAAACAGAAUGGUCCUUAACAGAGUCUGGGGGAGAGAGCAAGAUGGGUUGCUUGGAGAAGCUGGUUUGCCAAGAUACACAUCGCUAUUAACAGAGUCAUAAAUGAAAUGAAAUUGAAGAAUUCAUUCAAAUGCUUUUUUCCCUAUAACCUCUUUUCUUACCAAAAAGGAGGUAAAUUUGAAAACAGAUAAAUGUAACAACCAGUCAAAGAAACAGGGGAAAAGUAAGCUCCUCCAAAGUUGCUUGCAGUGCUGGAAAUAGAUCUCGUUUUUAGGUUUUCUCCUUGUUCCAGAUAGCACAUAAAUGGGACAGAGAAUAAAAUUUCUGCUAAAAUAGGUGCUCAUUUCCUAAGUAGCUCUUCAGAGUCUGACCGUACGUAAAAACACACAGAAUUGUGUUGACCUGGGGAGGUGAAUCACAAAGAAGUUACAAGGAGUUUAAGAGUUAAAUGUUAUUUGAUCAUGACUGUCAAAUUUAGUGAACAACAUAGAUUGGAUUUGGAGUUGGUAGUAGGUAUAGUUCUCAUACCAGAAUUCUCUUUAAAAAAAAAAAAAAAAAAAAAAAAGGACAAUUGGAAUUGCCUUAUUUAUUUUUAAAAUCAAUGCUUACUAGCUGGUAGGAUUCCCAGGUCAGCGGCAGAGUUGAUUAAAUAAUCUUGACAAUGAGCAGCUGCCGUCUUGGGGACUUCAUUCUGUGGUUUUUUAAAUAUUUCAUCUUUGAUGCUACCAUCCAGGGCUGCUUGUUGUGACCUUGUAGCUUAUUUCGUUCCUGCUGUUCUCUAACGUGUGCAGUUCACGCAGACUGGUUUAGGUACUUCACAACUCACCAUUGUUCUCUGACCCCAAGCCUAGUCCCUUUUACAUCACCAUCUUCUCAGAUUUCUUGCCUAUUCUUAAAAUAUGUUUUGGUUAAUGAUUGACUUAGGACAUCAGCUCAAGCAAUUCCUGUAACAGUUGAAAGUUGUUGAAGUUCAAGGCACAUAAUAAAAUUCUCUCUGAUGUGUGUGUAAGUAUAAACAAAGUACUGUAUCAAAGCGUUUGCUUUAUAAUGAAGUCAUUUCAUCUGUAAGGAAAGCUGCAAAGACUAUUGGGGGACUAGUGAUUAAUAAAAUCCUGUAAUAUUUUUUGAAGUGAAAAUUUGUACUGAAGUUGUACGUAAUACCUAUUAAAUGUUUUUGUCUUUUUUU